CGGUACGAGCACAACUCGUACUUCAACAUAAUAUGUGCAACGUGCACACAUUCCCAAUCCGAACUUUCUCCGAAACUGCUUUCGAACGGCACUGUGCUGGUUCCAGCAUGGGUAGUACGCUGAUACGCUGUACCUGGUGGUAUCUGGUACUGGCUCGCUAGAGCUAUGGACAUGGUACCCACUACCGGUCAGCCCCACAAAUGAGCCCCAAAUCUGUUUUGGGUCCAACAGCUCACAAAAUCCAAAAGAUAAACAAAGCAAACAGAUUCAAAACCACCCCUCAACCCGAGAACAACCCACAAACAACAUCAUGGGAAACGAAACCUCUUCAUAUGCUCUCAACAACGACGAAAUUCCCAAAGUAAUUCUGGUUACCUUCCAUGAAAGCCAUCAUUUCAACGACUCGGACUCAGAGUUUGACUCGGUGGAUCAGUUUGAAUUGAUCGCGGAGUGCCUCCUAGGAGGCAGGACAUCUGAUCCAGAAAAGAGCCAAAAGAAGUUGAAGUCCAAGAAGGUAGUGAAAAUAGAGCCCAAGAGCUCCAAAAAAACACCGAAAAAGACAAUCAAGAGGAGACUCACCGACUGACCUCUCAGUAUCAUAUUGGCAAGGAAGCCAACACCAAGGCUUCAAAGGCUGCCUAGGCACAGAAGAGGUUGUGAGAUGGGCAGCUUGAUUGGCCCUUGACUCAUUUUUGACUGUAAUGUACGUCCAUAGAUAGAGAAAUAGAACAAAAGAGAAUAGAAUACAAACGCAAAAAGAUAGAAUAUAG